GGUCGAGAAAGGCAACUGCAUUCCUUCCUUCCUCCCGAGUGAGCCACAUCAAACCGCGCUGUCGUCGUGCUGGAGUCCUGUAAAAGCCUCUGUAAACCAACCAUUCCUUUUUCUUCUCUCUUUUCCCAAUUUCCUUUCGAAAUCAUUUUCCCUUCUUCUAUAAAAUCCACUCCAGUAAUUCUACUGUAUCCUUCUCUCUUUCGUUUUAAUUAUCUGCUCUCCAUUCAUUCGCACACGGCUCUGUCUUCGCUGCCAGACACGGCAAACAACGACGACUCUCCUCCACCUCACAGUCACAACUCUGUCUCGUCUCCCCCUUUUAAUACUCUUCUUCAUUUCCAUAUCUCUGUUAUCGUUUCACUGUCCCAAAGAAAGGAGCCGAGGAAACAUAAAAAGCAUCCCCGACUUCAGCUGUUUCAGUCUCUAAUGGAGGAUCGCAAGGAGCAGAGGAAUUCACCAUGGCUAUCAGUGCCACAGUUUGGGGACUGGGAUCAGAAGGGUCCAUUGCCAGACUACUCCAUGGAUUUCUCGAAGAUCAGGGAAAUGAGGAAACAGAACAAAACCAGGGCCAGCCUGGGAAAUGAGGAAGAACUCAUCAACCCGACAGCAAACCUGCCAAAAGUUAGCCACAACAACGACAAUCAACCACAGCAAUACCAUCACACCAACCACCAACAACACUCCCCCACUGCAAGGAGGAGCUUCUUCAGUUACUUCAACUGCUGUGUGAAAGCUUGAGAAAGAAAGGCGGCGGCCGCGGCGGCGGAAGGAAUGGUGGGUGUAUCAUGGAUCCUAGAGUGAAUAUUUUGUGUUGGUAGAUGUUAUUUCGAAGGAUCUUUUUGAUGUUUGUUUCCCAUCUGUAUGACCUUAGUAUUAUUCUCAUCAUGUAGCACUUCUUCCUUGAUCUUUUAUCAAUCCAAAUUGGUUCCUCGUCCAGACCGAUUGCUUUAUUCAUAAUCCAAACAAGGGAUGGUUAAGAAGUACUCCAGUGUUUAGGGAUGAUGAGUGCUCUUUUUUGU